AUGAAGAAAAUGGCUCUUGAAAAUGGUUCUUUUGUGACUGAAUUCAUUCUGAUGGGGUUAAUAGACCAGCCAGACCUCCAACCCCUACUCUUCUUCCUGUUUUUAUUAAUGUAUAUCACCACUGCAAUGGGAAAUUUGGGAUUGGUAACUCUAAUUGGGCUGAAUUCACACCUUCACACUCCCAUGUACUUUUUUCUCUUCAACUUGUCCUUUAUUGAUCUCUGUUAUUCUUCUGUGUUUACACCCAAAAUGCUUAUGAACUUUGUAUUAAAGAAGAAUGUUAUCUCUUACACAGGGUGCAUGACCCAGCUUUAUUUUUACAGCUUUUUUGUCAUUUCUGAGUGUUAUGUGUUGAUGGUAAUGGCCUAUGAUCGCUAUGUGGCCAUCUGCAAUCCACUGUUGUAUAACACUGUCAUGUCCCCUAGAGUGUGUUGCAAUCUUACCCUUGGUUCAUAUCUAAUGGCAUUUUCUGGUGCCAUGGCCCACACUGGAUGCAUGCUGAGACUGACCUUCUGUGAUGCAAACACCAUCAACCACUAUUUCUGUGACAUUCUUCCUGUGAUGCAGCUCUCCUGCACCAGCACCUAUGUCAAUGAAUUGGAGGUUUUCAUUGUGGUGGGGAUCAACAUUAUUGUGCCCAGUGUCACCAUCUUCAUCUCUUAUGGUUUUAUUCUCUCCAAUAUCCUUCAACUGAGGUCCACUGAGGGCAGGUCAAAAGCCUUCAGCACCUGCAGUUCCCACAUAGUUGCUGUUUGUCUUUUCUUUGGAUCAGGUGCAUUCAUGUAUCUUAAGCCAUCCUCUGCUGGGUCUAUGAAUGAGGGAAAAAUCUCUUCUGUCUUUUACACCAAUGUGGUUCCCAUGAUGAAUCCUUUAAUCUAUAGUCUGAGGAACAAAGAUGUUAAAAUUGCCCUGAGAAAAUCCUUGACCAGAAUAAAGUUUUGA